GAUGCGGUGGGCGUGGCUCGGGCCUCGCUGUCGCAGGCGUGCUGCAGGCUGGUUACUGCGGCUCCGGGAUGUGGCAGCGGGUGGUACGCGGUGUGUCGGCGGGUCUGGCCGGGUGGUUUCGCUCCUGCAGGCCUCCGGUGUGUCAUUAUGGGAGCGGCCAGCAGAGGGAGAGCAGAAGCCUCCUCCGGGGUGUCUGCUACAGGAACAGGCCGGGGAGGACAGGAAGGCUGCUGGCCGCACUCACCGGGGCCUUCCUAUGGGAAGAAGAGCGAGUGAAAGAGGAGGAGAUACUAAGGCCUGCGGAAGAGAUGAAGAAGGCCCAGUUUGCAGCCCACAAAGCUCACUGUUACAGUUCAAAGUGUGAGGACGAUGAAGGCUGGGAACUGGUCAUGGAUAAAAAAGACUUCAGGCUGUGGCGCAGACCAAUAGAAGGGACCCAUCUGUAUCAGUACAGAGUAUUUGGCUCGUAUAAGGAUGUGACACCUCGCCAGUUCUUUAAUGUGCAGUUGGAUACAGAGUACCGCAAAAAGUGGGAUGCAUUGGUGAUUAAACUGGAAGUGAUUGAGAGAGAUGUGGUCUCUGGAUCAGAAGUCGUUCACUGGGUCACUCAUUUCCCAUAUCCAAUGUACUCUCGGGACUAUGUGUACAUCAGGAAGUAUCACGUGGAUCAGAAGAGUAACCUCAUGGUGUUGGUCUCUCGAGCAGUGGAGCACCCAGAGGUACCAGAAUCUCCUGACUUUGUGCGGGUGCAUAACUACCAGUCUGAGAUGGUGAUCAGACCUCAUACAACAUUUGAUGAGAAUGGCUUUGAUUACUUGUUGACAUAUAGCGACAACCCACAGACUGCAUUUCCUCGCUAUUGUGUAAAUUGGAUGGUAUCCAGUGGGAUGCCUGAUUUCCUGAACAAGCUGCAUUUAGCAACACUCCGUGCCAGGAACAUGGAAAUCAAAGUGCGAGAUUACAUAUCUGCCCGUCCUCAGGACUGCAGCAGCGAAGGACGAGCCAGCCCUGAGCGGAAACCUGCAGCUGCGCACAGCACACAACAAAUGGAUUUUGCGUAAUAGGAGUAUCAGAAAAGCGUGUUACUUGUACAGGCCAGCAGGAGGGGCAAGAGCUGCUCCAACAAUGAGUGAAGACCAGCUGUGCAGAUCCUGAAUGAGUGAGAACUGCCAAUCAGUACUGAAUUUCUGCCAGCCAGUUUAAAAGAUCAAUGGAUGCUCUGCUCAUGCCCGGUGCUUCCUCCAGAGUGGCUACUUUUAAGGACUUUUAUGAGGUGAUGAGAUGGUGGGCAUUACAGAAUGCAAAAUAAACUUUUUUUGAUCGUGUCCAUCUUGUUAGAAACUGUGACAUUGGUUAUCAGUUUUCCAACUGCAUGUUUGUCCCCAGAAUUGGAUUCCUGUCUAAUAGUUGGCGCCUCCAUCAGCAGAGUCUAACGUGUUUCGCCCUUGGAAUGGAUUUCUAUUCUGUUAUGGACAACCAGGAUAUUGCUUUAUCAGGUCUUUUGGCUGGACAUGUCAUUAUCCGCCUCUCUGAUCAGUGUGUGAGAGAGACCUUGGCUGAGCUCCCACCCUGUGUUCAUUUGAAGGAAUCCCAUUGCUUUGAUAUCCGGAUUCUGCAGGGAAUGUGCCGAUUUUCAAUUUGCAUGUUUUACUUAUAUUAACAUGGAUAAAGUACUUCAUGAUCAUUGGUUUUAUGGUGUAAGGCAAAGUUUAAGUGCUGUUGAUUACCCAAAGAAUUUUUUUUUACUGCAUUCACAAAAACGGAUGAGGAUUUCAGAUUUUUGUUGGAGAAAUUUGCUUAAUGCUUUUUAAAAAAAACAA